AAUAAAGGGCCACUGGCUCUCGCACCCUGCCCUUCCCCCCCCAACCGAGAACCCAGGGCGGAGAGAUGGGAAAGAGGUCCAUUCCAUCUCCAGAUCGCUUGCACCCAGGCUUGCUUCUGUCGUGGGAAAAGGCCUGGGCCUUCUGGAGACGCAAAGGUAUUUGAACCGACCAGGAAGUGCGCAAUCGCUCGCCGGGUAAGCCGGAAUCGACGUACCCCGUAAGGCCGCUAAUGGUUGUCAAGACGACGACGCGGGAAGUUUAAUUUCCGGGUCAGGCCGCGGUGCCUGCUGGGAUUCCAAGCUUGUAGUGGUAGUUCUUCCUUAUUAGAGAUAAGAGCCGAGCCAGCAUCGAAAUAGUUUCGGGGCUCAGUGGGGAGAUCAGGGCCCGGCCUGUGCGACGAUUCUCGACCCUCCCCGCGGCCACGCUGCGUGCCCAGCUUUGGACAACAUGACGACCCUAGGGACCAGCAGCCAGACUGUGACUGAAUAUGUUGUUCGAGUCCCCAAGAACAAUCUCAAGAGGUACAAUAUCAUGGCUUUCAAUGCAGCUGACAAAGUCAACUUCUCCACCUGGCACCAGGCCAAGAUGGAACGCGAUCUGAGCAACAAGAAGAUCUAUCAGGAAGAGGAGAUGCCAGAGUCUGGGGCCGGCAGCGAGUUUAAUCGAAAGCUCAGGGAUGAGGCCAGGAGGAAGAAGUAUGGCAUCAUUCUCAAGGCCUUCAAGGCCGAGGACCAGCCCUGGCUACUCAAAGUCAAUGGCAAAACAGGCAGGAGGUUCAAGGGAGUAAAGAAGGGUGGUGUGACAGAAAACACCUCCUACUACAUCUUUACCCAGUGCCCCGAUGGGGCCUUCGAAGCCUUCCCUGUGCACAACUGGUACAACUUCACUCCUGUGGCCCGGCACCGGACACUCACUGCAGAGGAGGCUGAGGAAGAAUGGGAAAGGAGGAACAAAGUGUUGAACCACUUCAGCAUCAUGCAGCAGCGUCGGCUGAAGGACCAGGACCACGAUGAGGAGGAGGAGGAGCACAAAGAGAAGAAGAGCCGGAAGAAGGCCAGUGAGCUCCGGAUCCAUGACCUGGAGGAUGACUUGGAGAUGAGCUCUGAUGACAGCAGUGGCAGUGGAGAGGAGGGGGAGAAGGUCCCCAGGACCAAGAAGAAGGCAGCGCCCUCCAGAGGGGGCAAGAAGAAGAAGAAGAAGGGCUCUGAUGAUGAGGCCUUUGAGGACAGUGAUGAUGGGGACUUUGAGGGCCAGGAGGUGGACUACAUGUCAGAUGGCUCCAGCAGCUCUGAGGAGGAGGCAGUGGGGAAACCCAAGGUGGUCAAGCAGGAGGAGGAUGGCCCUAAAGGCAUCGAUGAAGAAAGUGAAAGCAGUGAAGAGAGUGAGGAGGAAAAACCCCCAGAGGAGGAGGAGAAGGAGGAGGAAGAGAAGAAGGCACCUACCCCCCAGGAAAAGAAGAGGAGGAAAGGAGACAGCAGUGAGGAGUCAGACACCUCUGAGGAGAGUGACAUUGACAACGAGGCAUCCUCGGCCCUCUUCAUGACAAAGAAGAAGACGCCCCCCAAGAGGGAAAGGAAGGCCUCAGGCAGCAGCUCCAGGGGAGACAGCCGCCCAAGCACGCCCAGCGUGGACAGUGGCAGCACGUCCUCCACCCUCCGGGCAGCUGCCAACAAGCUGGAGCAAGGACUCCCCCAGCCAGAUGUUCAGGAGUUGGUGCUUCCUCAGAUUGGUGAUGUAUUUCUUCUUCUUUAUCUCUCUAUCUUUCUGUUAACAGUCUUUGUUUCUAAGAUUGUAUAAUCAUAUGUAAUCACAUUUAUGUGCAUGUAUGUUUAUGAUAAUUGUGUGGGACAGUGGCCACACUAGAAUUAAAAGUUCGGAGGCUGAGUCAGAGAUCAGAAAAGGUUUUAUGCUUUCUCAUGAGAAAGGGCACAGCCCUCGUCGCUUGACCAGUGACAACCAGGGAGUGCAAAGUCUGUUAGUGGGGAACAAAGUUUUAUAGUCUUAAAGGGAUAUCCCCUCCCCAUUCCUGAACCCUUCUUCCCAUUGGCUGGGUUUCAGGGUGCACGAUCUAAAUGCCACUUUCUCGGAACCUUAGUGCAAUAUCCUUAUUUGGAAAUAUUUGCCUGGAGGCAAAGGAUUGGGAAGACUUUUGAUAACCAUUUAGAAGUUCUGCGGAGAGCCAAAGGCCGGGGAAGACUUUCAAUAAUGGAGUCCCGCCUGGAGACAGAUAAGCAGGAAGCCCCUGGUGGUUAAGCUAGCAGUCUUUAGAAAUUUUUACCUUACUAGAGGAAUUGGAGUACAGGUUACUUCUUGCAAGUUUUACUGCCUUAGGGGCACAAAGGGGAUUUAUGAGGUUUUUUUGUUUUGUUUUGUUUUGUGUUUAAUGAGGCAAUUGGGGUUAAGUGACU